UGCUGUGUGAUUAUUGUUUUUAGUUGCUUUAAAAAAAGGACAACAAAAUUUGUACCUGGUGUGCAUCCAGUAAUUACAUAAAUAUGGAAGAUAAAUACGAGACUGUGCAGCUUUCGUACUCUAUACACAAAUGCUCGAGCCAUUCCUCGGGCUAUGUUCCAGAGAACAUCAUAGUGAAUCAACCAUCAGAUCCAUUGUCAAGGUGGUUCACAGACUGCUGCGUUUCACCACAAUUCAUAGUUAUAAAACUGGACUCUCCCUCUAUAGUUGAAACAAUCAAAUUCGGAAAAUAUAUCAAGGCACUCGUUAGUGAUCUCAAAAAGUUUCAGGUCUAUGGUGGAACAGAAGAUAGCAAUAUGUCUCUGCUGUUGACUGCUGGCUUGAAGAAAGACAGUACACCGGAAACAUUCAGAUUGAGGCACAGGACACAGGAAGGAUUUUACUUCCCUGUUGAAUACCUAAAGAUUGUCCCACUACAGUCGUGGGGCCCUCCCUACAAUUAUACCAUAUGGUACAUAGAGUUACAUGGCAAAAAUCAGGCAGAACUUCUCAAUGAGGCACUGGAGACAAUUUAUUUGCGUAAAGAAGAAGAAGCAGUGCGAUUGUUACUAAAACACUUGAGGCGGAGACGCUACAAGGAUGCUUUCGAAGCUUUGUCUAGAGAAAGCGGAGUGCAGCUCGAAGGGCCAACACAGACUAAACUCUGGAACGCUUUAGUCGAGAAUGGUGACUAUCAGGCGGCCGAGAAAAUUUUCGAACAAGCCGUUAAUGAUGGCGAGUUAGAGUGGUACAUGUCGUGGCAGCCGUACCGGCCGGAGUGGCGCGAGAUGUCGGCGUGCUCGGCGCAGGUGGAGGAGCGGCUGCGCAGCGGGGACGCGCACGUGGCCGGGCCCCCCGCCGCCCCGCACGACUUGUUGUGCGCCGACCGCGAGCCCAGGCCCGACGCCGCCGGUGCAGCACCAGUAAGCAACGAGCUGUUCGAGACGUGUGACCUGGCCUGCGGCCUCACCGCCUGCUGCAACAAGCCUGGCCCCAGGGGCGGACACCAGCUGGUGGUCGAUUCUACUACGGGCACCCUCUAUCUGUUUGGUGGCUGGAACGGGACCGAGGACCUGGACGACCUGUGGUCCUACAGCACCAAGGGUGAGCGCUGGACGCUGCUCUGCAGGCACAGCAGUCUCGUCGGCGGCCCCACGCCCCGCUCCUGUCACAAGAUGGUGUUCGAUCCCGUGCACAGACGGCUCUACACCCUGGGACGGUACCUGGACAACGCUCAGAGGGUGCCCAGCAAUAUGAAUAGCGACCUGUACAUGUACGACGUGUGGACGGGCGAGUGGUACCUGGUGUGCAGCGACACGGCGAGCGCGGGGGGGCCGCGGCUGGUGUUCGACCACCAGAUGUGCAUCGACGCCGACACGCAGACCAUAUACGUGUUCGGGGGGAGAGUGCUGCCGGCCAACACUGAGGAGGUAGUGAGCCCGCAGUAUUCGGGCCUGUACGCGUACUACAUCUCCACCGGCACCUGGCAGCUGCUGCUGGCCGACAAGCACGAUGAGGACGCCCCGCAGCCCAGGGUCUCGCACUCCAUGCUGUUCCACCCGGUGCAGCGGCGCCUGUACAUAUUCGCGGGGCAGCGCAACAAGGAGCACCUGCUGGACCUGUGGUGGUACGAGGUGGGGUCGGGGGCGUGCGGCGCUUUGUGCCGCUGCGGUGCCGCGCCGCCCCCCGCCGCCGGCUUCACGCAGCGCGCCACGCUCGACCCCGACACCGACCAGAUGUUCGUGCUGUCCGGCAUGAGCAAGGAGAAGGAGAAGCGCGUGUACAACACUCUGUGGGUGCUGUCGCUGCGCACGCGCACGUGGAGCUGCCUGUACCGCGCGCACGCCCCCCCGGCCCCCGCGCCCGCGCCCGGCGGCCCCGCCCCCACCUCGCGGGCCCCCACCCCCCGGUUCGCGCACCAGCUGGUCUACGAUCCUAACACCAAGAUACAUUACCUGUUCGGCGGCAACCCCGGCAUACAGAGCAGCCCGCGCCUGCGGCUGGACGACCUGUGGUCGCUGAGGCUGGUGCAGCCGUCGCUGGAGCAAGUGUGGGGCGAGGCGCGCGCCAUCCUGCGGGAAGCCUGCUACCGGGAGAUGGCCACCCAGCCCGGGGCCACGGUCCAGGCCUUGAGCUACCUGAGGAACGAGCUCAGCAGCGUCAUGGACCACACCGACCCCGCACAGGUGUCGAGGUUCCAGAAGCUGGCGACGUUGUUGUUCAGCGGCGGCGACGAGGGAGCGGCCCUCCCCUCGCCCCGCGCGCUCUCCCCGCGCCGCACCCGCGCCCUGCUGCGCGCCCGCACGCACCACGCCUCGCACGCACACAUCGCGGACGCGCUCGCACAGGUGUUGGGCGCUGAAGAACCACAACCGGAAUUGACGCUGCCGUUUGAAGAAGCGGGGGAACCUCAGCCGGAGACGUGGGAGGUGGGCGUGGACGAGGACAUGACCCCGGACACCCAGUGGCACGCGCGCCAGCCGCGCCUCGCGCUGUACGACACCCUGGCGCAGUACUUCCGCCCCUCCACCGUGCCCCCCCGCGGGGACGUCACCGACCUCGUGGCCCUGUAGCCGCCCUCCCCCACCCCCCUCCCCCCGCACUGGUUCAACAUUGUACAUUUAAUUCUGUUUUCAAAUUAUUUCAAAAUAUUUUGAAGCCUCGUAAUUCUUGAAUUAAUUAGAAAACAGAAGCGCUCUAAAUCGACGACAUACGUUAUUGUCGAAAAUUGUGUAUUUUUUGUAUUGUCUUAGUGCGUUCGCGCGUCAGAACUGACAGCAAUUGUAUCUGUUGAGAUUGAGAAUGGGUCAGCAUUUUAUCUUUUUAGUUUAUAGAGAGUUGUUGUGUUCGUUGUGUAUACACACGAUAGCAAGCCGGCGACCGCAGCUAGUCUGCGGCAACGAGGAUUGAGAAAAAGUUUUGUGGGAAUCCCAUUUUUUUUCCUACCUAUUCUAGUAACCUUGAGAGGUUAUACUAGAUAACACAAGGCGUGUAAGUGAGCUCUCGGGGCUUAAGUCGGAGAUGUUGCUAACACUGGCCCUAGCAAGAGCAGUG